AUGGACUUACAACCGUCCCGGCAUUCUUGCGGAUCACGGACCGUUGAUGUGAACCGUGCGGAUGUCGGGAAGUACUUCUUCGGGCUAAUCCCGAAACCCGCUUCGUACAAGUGGCAUGCCUUCAAUGGGGCCAUCUCCGUGGUCGCCGUGCCCUUCCUCCGUUUCUUUAUCUCAUAUGACGCUAAAGUAAAUAGACGGAAAGUCUAUUCCUCCGUCGGCCUUGGUUCCUGCAGCCAGACGUAUAGUUACGGUAUCCAACUGUUCAUCCGGAGUGGCAAAGUCCACACUUCAGGCGCGGCUGGACCUCCGAAGGUUACCAUUACUCCUGAGAACAGUGUCAGAACAGCAAGAGGCUCUGGCUGGUCCCCCCCUAGAUCUCUGGCCGGUCACAGUCACAGUCGAUCGACCUCCCUCCUACUCUCCGUCGCCCACGGCAGUUGA